GGAAAGUAGUGUUUGAUUGAAAGAGUAGUUCUACCUAGGCCUAGGUCGAGAUGAAUAAAAAACAUUCAAGCUAUCUACGUGGCUUCCGCUCAUUUGAACGUAGUUUUAAUUUGCGUGUACUUGCAGACGAUAAGGAGAAUGAAGCAGCCUAUGAACAAGCAAGAGUAAGAGGAAGACUUCCUUUUAACAGGUCAAAAGUCUUAAUUUUAGGAGAUCAUGGUGUGGGAAAGACAUCGACAUGUAGACGUUUGCAAGGAAAGGAUUUUCGACAGGAGGAGCCUAGCACCAUAGGAAUUGAAACAAAUACCGUCAAAGCAAUAGUUAGUGAUGUUAACGGUAAGUGGCGUGAAGUAGCAAAUACACCACGAGAAGACUUUGAAAGUUCAGCAGCAUGCUGGGCAGUAUCACACGUACGCAAACGGCUUGUAAAUGAGCCCACGAAUCCUAGUGGUAGCACGUCAGUCCAUCCUGAGAGGUUACCACCAGUAGAAGACAUAAAGCUAACUGACCACGCAUUAUAUCAGGCAAAGCAAAGUAGUCCCCUCAUGAUUAUGUUUCUACUCGGUGGUUUUACUUAUGGAUUUGGACUAGUUGUAUGGAUGAAUAUUCUUUGCUUGAUGUAUAUACUCGAUGUUCACACUGCGUACCGCUUCGGUUGCGGAUACACUAUCGCGCUGGUACUCAUAGACAGUGCAAUGGCAACAAUAGAUUUAGGAAGCACCGAAUUGAUCAAAGCAUCCAUUGUCAUGACUUUGUGUAUACUAAUUGGCUUACUUGUUGGUGUUCUUAUGGGAGCAGGUGGUAGAACUGGAGUAUGCAUGGCGUUCUGCAUAAUGAUACAUCCUAAACAGAAAACAUUUACCAUCGAUAAUGUUACAGAAGAACUAUUAGUUAUCUACAGCAAAGUAUAUUAUAAUUUGAUAAUUUACAUUAUUGCAGUUAUAAGUGUUGUGAUGUUUAGGUAUGUUUCCUCUAAGAUAUUGUCAAUGAGUCGAAAGAACUGUGUACUUUCUUUAUUAAGUAUCAUUUCUUUCAUCAUAGUCGCAGCCUUUAUUAAAGGACGGUAUUUUGUAAUCCUAUUUUAUACUUUUUCAUGUAUUGUGGUCCUUGGAAGUUGUAUUGUUGCUGGAGUUCUUUCAGGAAGAAAAUUUGCUGCUUAUGGGUAUAUUCCUAAAGUGUAUAUUAUCAAGAAAGCUAUUGGUUUUGUAGCUGGUAUAUUUAUAGCCAUUUUGUGCGGGUGGGAAUUUGUAGAUUUAAAAACUCUGAGCUUAAACAAUAAUAGAUACUUCUCUUUUCCACGAUAUUUUUUCAGCCUAUUGCUUUUUAUAGUGCCAAUCACUGCAUUUAUUGUCUACGAAUGGUUUGCAUACAUGAAAGUGAAGAAUACAACCUCUAUACCGAUAAAACAUAUAAAAAAAUCAAUGGAAGCAGGUAUUCGUAAUGAACCAGGACCUUAUUUGGAUGCUAGACUUAGUCUAUGGGACUUUGCAGGAGAAACCAUAUACUAUAACACCCACCAUCUUUUCAUGCCAAAGCAGGGUGUGUAUCUGAUUGUAUUUAACGCAGUUGAAGCGGCUAUGAAUCCCAGAAAACAAAUUAAGCGGCUACAGUUCUGGUUGCAAUCAGUUGCUAUGCAUGGAGACAUUAAAGAUGUUGUAGUGUUUCUUGUAGGAACAAGGAGGGACAGCGUUGUUGACGGAAAUGCUCUGAAGAGAUUUACUCAACUUGCAGAAGCACAACUCUACAACUCCUAUCCUAGAUUACUUGCAUUUUAUCCUUUGAGUAAGCCUAGCCUUUUCUUUUUUAUUGAAAAUUCGUUACAUUUAGACCAAGAUCGUGACAUGUUACAAAAAGUUAUUCAAAAAGAGAUUACAAAAUUGGAAUAUUUUCAGGAGGAAUUCCCAGUAAAAUAUCUUUUAUUCCAUGAAACUUUGAACAAGUUUCGCCAACAAAAGUACAUAAUCACGAGUUUAGAAGAGCUCUUAAAGGAAGUUAAUUCAGCAUCUAAUAUCAUUUCUCAGAAUGAGUUGUGCGAAUUCUUGAACUUCUUUGACAGAUCUGGUGAUGUCAUAUACAACGAACGUGAUUUGGCACUCCGAAAGUAUGUUAUAUGUGACCCUCAAAUGCUGAUAGAUAUCCUGACAAUCUUAGUGAAUGUGCCUAAACCUCACUUAAGAAAUCGGACAGUAGCUGAAUUAUGGAUAAAGUUACAAGACACUGGCAUUGUUGACAGUAGACUACUGGAACACAUUUGUAAACAGAAAAACAUUUUGCAGAAACAUUACUCUUACAUCAUUCAUUUCUUAGUGGCAACACACCUACUUUUUCCUCAUAAAGUACUUGAUCCCGUUGAACAAACUGGCACCUUUUUUCUCUCGUGUCGACUGCCAAAGAACAAUUCAUUGUCAACUACACAGAUCAGCAAUGUUCGCUCUCAAUACAUUUUUUAUUUCGAUUUUGGAGAAAUUCUUCAAGAAUUUAUAUUUCUACGUCUCAUUGCUAAAUGUUGUGAAAUGUUUUGUUCGGAUGAGAUAUUUUACGAUGCAGCAAGAUUUAGAACUGAUAAAUCAUGCAUUUUCUUCAUCAGUACAGAAGUAAUUUCUGGAAACAUUAAUUCAAACGACCGAAAUCUUAUUAAAGUUGACGUUAUAAGUGAAGACAAAACACGGGCCAUGUUUGUUCUACAGAAAAUGGUUAUGUUUGUUGAAGAAAUAAUAAAUCAGGAUUUUAACGUGGACUACUUUAGAAAAAUGUAUACCUAUGGGCCUGUGUGCGAGAGGUGUAGUUCCUUGGAUGGAAAGAUGUGUUUGGUGAACCUUAUUACAGAUGGAAAAGAUAUAUCUACACUGGAUGUCUAUGAAGCAGACAUUUAUCAUACGGUCACACUUAAACAAAAGCUAAGUAUCAAGUGCAGUCGAAUAAUAGACAACCAGAUCUGAGGUUUUUAGCUGCACAACUAACGGCAGUGAAAUUUGUAAUUCCUCCACAAACUCCAUCCUAAGGUGAACUCAAGAUAUAUUUUCAAGAUUAUAAUAUGGCCCGUAAUUAUAUAUGGAAUGGCUGUGGACGUGGAUUUGUCUAAAUUAUAUUUUUUAGGCCCAAGCUUCCUUGGGUCUCUGAGAAGGUGUUUAUAAUCUCAACAACCAGCUUCAUCAUAAAUUCAUUAACUAGAAAAACUGAUGUAAACAUUGACAAACCUUGGCAAGCCACAAUCAUCAAUCUAAAUUGUGUGCCAACCUGUUUAGUGUACAAGAUACAGAUAAUCAAUACUAAAAGCGGUCUAUAAUACUAGAAUAAGAUUAUAUUACUUCAUUAUUAAUUUUUUUCUUGUCAAUGAUUGGAUAAGUCAGUAAUCCUGUUGGGGUAUAUUGAGUCAGUAUUGAAUGCGUUACCUCCGUUUUGUUUCCAUGAAAAUUCCUUUGUAUGUACAAGAAGUUGGAUGGAAGAGACAUCUGUCUUAGAAGGGACACAUGUAAAUUUGCAAGUAAAUAAACUAUUAAAUUUCUAUGUUUAAACAAGCUAUUAUCACUUGUAUGUUACUUGAGCAACUUAAUUCCAAAAAUGGUUUUUUUAGGAUAUUGGUAUUAAUUUUACCGUGGGACAAUAUAUCUUAUAACAUAAAUUACAAUAUUAGAUUAGAAAUUUCACAAUUUCUUAAAGAAAUUUGAAAGAAUAUUACCCACUGUAUCCCUUUUAUUGUCUUAUACUGUUUACUGUUUUUUUUUUGUUUUUGUUUUUUUUAACGUUUUAGGGUUUACUAUUAUAAAUGUAUUUGUAUUAUAAUAUGAAGUGUGUCCUUUACUGGUGUUGUUUAAUGUUUUAUGAUUUAGUGUUUUAAUGUAUUUUAUUUUAGGGUUUUUUGUUUUUUAAUGCAAUCUCUGUAUUUUAGUGUACUGUAUAUUCAAUACAGAUUAUUAUUAUUAUCAUCAUCAUCAUUAUCAUUAUUAUUAUUAUUAUUAUUAUUAAUAAAGUUUAUCAAUCAGAUUUGAUUCCUUAAUAUGUCAUUAUACGUAAUAAAAAGCAAGUAGAACAUGUUGGAAGCUAGGUACUAUCGUUAAUAAUAAUUCGCUUUCGAUUGCACGACGACGAUAGGACCAUAGAGGAUAUUAUAAUAGGUAGUUUUCGCCGCACGAUGUUAACCUUAAGGUUAACGAAUGAUGCCAUAAUUUAUUCUUCUUGCGUUGCGGAGUACGUUAAUUUCGGGAUUUUACGUGCUUGGCGAACGUUAGUUACGGGUUUGCGCAUGGGUGUUUCGAUUUGUUUACAAAAGGGGCGGAGCUAUCGCGUUACAUGUUAGGUACUAACGUUAAAGUUAAGGUUAACGUUGUGGGUCAAAAAUUAUCCAAUACCCCAUGGUAGGACGUAAAACAUAAUGAUGUCACUAAUAGUCAUCUGCCCAUACGAGAAAGUUCUCAUUGUCGCAUGGAUUCUAGGACGCCUGGUAGGAUGGUCACGAAUGACUAAUUUUGUAUUCUAGCCUCGCAUCGUCGCGCAAAUUGAAAGCUCCCUUUUAACAAAGAGAGGUCAAUAUAAAUGUCAGUAGGGUUUAUGGUAUCAUGUACAGUAUAGAUAAAUUGUAUUGUUUUUAUAUUUUUACUUACUAAUUUUGUUUAUAAUCUUUUGUUUACUACUGAACUGUACUGUUUUCUUUGACAAUUUUCUGAUCUUUUUCGACAAUAAAAUUAUCUUGAAUCUA